AUAAUGGUUUUUCCUCUUAGUGUGUACCUAACCUUAGGUAGGUAGGUAGGUAGGUACGAGAUAGGUACCUCUAUAUAUGCCAGGUAGGGUACCUAUAUUAUACAAAAUCCUAGCUGAAUUUGAUCAUCAAUAGGCGCCCAAAUUGAGCCUAACUCCAUCAAACUGCUGCACCACUUGGCAUUUACAACUUUAGGUACAUCACAAUCUUAUUAUUAAACAAGAAAUUUAUCUAAAUUUCACUUCCAUUUAAUAAUUUUAGUACCUACCUCUAUUAAUCCUCAAGCUUGACAACGCCCUGCUGCGCUUUCGUUUACACACCUCACUUACCACCUAGUUGGAGUGAGAUGAAUACGGCUUACAACCCACCAUGUCGCUCCUAACAAAGUCGGUCGACGUACCGGCUUUCGCCCGGACCCAGCUAGCGCUCCUGGACAUCGAGCUGCAGAGCGAGAUCAGCGAGACCAGCGGCCUCAUCUCCGGCACCAGCCCCGCGUCCCUGCAGCGCGCCGGCCUCGCCAUCACCAACCUGGUCGUAUCCUCGCAGCGCACCGGUCUAGGCGGGCGCACCGUCCUCGAACUCGCCCCGGACGCGGCUACUUCCGGCUCCGGCUCCGGCUCCGUCGGGGAGCUGCCCGAGCACGGCGUGCGCACGGGGGACAUCGUGCUGGUGUCGGAGCAGCCGGCGGGCAGCGCGAAGAAGCGCGAAGUCAAGGACCUCGAGCGGAAAGGGGUCCGGGGCGUCGUGAUCCGGAUCAAGCGGGACGCCGUAGCGGUCGCGGUCGACGAGGACAAGGAGGAGAAUGCCGCGGCGACCUUUGCGGGCCGCGUCUGGCUCGUGAAGCUCGCCGACGACGUCACCUACCGCCGCAUGAAGCAGACGAUGGAGCGGCUGGCGGACAUGCCCGAGUCCGAGUACUCGGCCUUCACGCGCGUGCUGUUCGGCCUGACGACGCCGUCGCUCGUCCCCGCGGAUCUUGCGAAGGAUCCGGAAUUCGGCGACGGGAAGAUCGAGUGGUUCGAUCCGACGCUGAACGAUUCCCAGAAGGACGCUAUUCGGUUCGCGCUCGCGUCCAAAGAGAUAGCGCUGAUUCACGGCCCGCCUGGGACGGGAAAGACGCACACGUUAAUAGAGCUGAUCUUGCAAAUGGUCAAGUGCGGGCUGCGCGUGCUCGUCUGUGGACCAUCCAACAUCUCGGUGGACAACAUCGUGGAGCGGCUGUCCCCGCACAAGGUGCCCAUCGUGCGCCUGGGCCACCCGGCGCGCCUGCUGCCCUCGGUGCUGAACCACUCGCUGGACGUGCUGACGCAGACGUCGGAGGCGGGGCUCAUCGUGAAGGACGUGCGCGCCGAGAUGGACACCAAGCAGGCGUCCAUCAAGAAGACGCGCAGCGGCCGCGAGCGUAAGGCCGUCUACGCCGACCUCAAGGAGCUGCGGAAGGAGUACCGCGAGCGCGAGAGGCGGUGCGUCGGCACCCUCGUCGGCGGGAGCAAGGUCGUCCUGGCGACGCUGCACGGCGCCGGCGGCAACCAGCUGCGGGGCGAGAAGUUCGACGUCGUGAUCGUCGACGAGGCCAGCCAGGCCCUCGAGGCGCAGUGCUGGGUUCCGCUACUAUCGGCCUCCAAGGCCGUGUGUGCAGGCGAUCAUCUCCAGCUACCGCCUACGGUAAAAUCUACCAACUCGAAGACGAAGUCCAAGGUUGCUAAGCCUAAGGAAGGGGCUGAAAAGGAGAAAGACAGCGGCGUUGUUAUUAAGGGUGCGAGUCUUGAAAUUACGCUUUUCGAUAGAUUGCUUAAACUUUAUGGGUCGUCUAUCAAGCGCAUGCUCACGACGCAGUAUCGCAUGCACGAGAAGAUCAUGCGGUUCCCGUCGGACGAGCUCUACGAAUCACGACUGGUGGCCGCGGACGCGGUGAAAGAGCGGCUACUGCGGGAUCUGCCGUACGAGGUACAAGACACGGAAGACACGAGCGAGCCGGUGAUAUUCAUAGAUACGCAGGGCGGCGACUAUCCGGAGAAGAACGAGGAGGAGGAAGAUAGGGAGGGCAAGGACAGGAAAGGGGGCGGGAAGAAAGGAAGUAUCAGGUCUCUGUUCGGCGAGAGUAAGAGCAAUGAGAUGGAGGCUGCGCUCGUGAAGCAGCACGUCAAGAAGCUCGUCGAAGCGGGUGUUCGGCCGGAAGAUAUCGCGGUUGUCACACCGUAUAAUGCCCAGCUGGGCCUACUAGCUCCUUUGAAAGAAGCAUUUCCCGGGAUCGAACUCGGGUCCGUAGACGGAUUCCAAGGCCGAGAGAAGGAGGCCGUGAUUGUCAGUCUAGUGCGGAGUAACCCCGAAGGAGAGGUCGGCUUCCUAAGCGAAAAACGUCGCUUAAAUGUCGCCAUGACGAGGCCUAAACGCUCGCUAGUAGUAGUUGGCGACUCAGAGACUGUUCGACGGGGCAGCAAAUUCCUCAACAACUGGAUGGACUGGCUCGAGAACAAUGCCGAUCUCCGUUACGUCGACGCGGCUUCGAUAGAGGCGUAAGGUCAGGUAGGUAAAAGGUAAAUACUACCUAGAUAUGUGACGAACCUGCUGCUCAUGCAUUGGGGCCCCGGCAAACAGACGCUUGUCCUAACACCGAAAUCCUUGGAAUUUGGUGAAUGGAAGGGUACAUACGUAGUACCUAGUAAAGCUCGCCCGAAGUUUUAACACGAGCGAAUGGUAAUGGCUGGAUAAUGCGGAUGCAACUCUACGAUGUUUACCGAACCCGACCUACCUACGUAUAUCAAGUCCAUCUAGUUGUAGCCGUUUGGCCUUUAUUAAGAAGGCGUAUUAUCUUACCUCACACCAUGUAGAUCAUCUCGUCUUGUCUACCUCGAAAGGGUUCCCUCUCCCGCAAGAUUUGCAUCUGCGUAUGUAUAUUCGUACCUAAUAUCCGACGGGCAGGGAGGCGAGGUACUAAUAAGACGGAAUGUUUUGCCUCACUUAAGGGACAAGGAGUUCAAUAUUUGGACCGGAGCGGCGGGUAGGCGGCUUCUUCGAGAGGCCGAGGGUAACCUAGGUCCUAGGAUCCCCAAAGUUUUCCUCUUACUAAUCAACGGUAUAUACCGAAUAGCGAGUUUCCAUAUAGGGAUAAUGUGAAUAUGGGAAUGAGGGCUUCGGCUGUAAUUAAUCACUUGUUGAGUGGUGGACUGUGUAUUGAGAAAAAAUUAAAAUAAGAAACUAGGACGACAAUGAGUUGA